GGAAGGGGCGGGGCGCCAACGGCUGACAGGCAGCGCCGCACCGGAGGCAGCGGCUGCACCGCCGAGGGGACGCAGCGACAGCUUAGUGCCCCCACCUUCGCCGUCCCGGCCAUCGGUGCGGGUCCGCGGGAACCUGCGGUGACCCUCCGCGACCCUCGGCACCAAGCACUGGGCGCGCGGCGACACCGAGGCCAUGGCCGUGGCCACCGUGGCGGCUCCGUUUUCCUUGGCUCUCGGGGUCCCGCGCCCGGCCGCGGCCCCCAGCUCCUACGGGGCAUUCUGCAAAGGGCUCUCCCGCACCCUGCUCGCCUUCUUCGAGCUGGCCUGGCAGCUGCGCUCGAAUUUCCCGUACUUCUACGUCGCGGGCUCCGUGAUCCUCAACAUCCGCUUGCAGGUACAUUUUUAGAGUCGCGGUUACGCUAACGGUCUCUGGACUGGCACAAUGGCGGACUCCCAGGAGGCCCCGCGACGGAGCGGAGUGGAGCUGCGGGGGCGGCCCCCUCGGUCUCGCGAGAGUGGGCUGGAGGGACGCCCCUGCGCGGCUGCGCUCCCGGCUCCCAGCCAAACCCCGGGACAGUCCCGGAAAUCCUGCGGGGACUAGAGAGGACCGGCGAGAUUUCCGGCGACGGCGAAGAAUUUAAUUAAGGCCCCCGACAAUAUUUCAGAAGCUGUGCAUCCUGAAGACAAAAUCAGGACGAGCGGGAUGCCUUAUAUCAAAGACUUAGAAGGCUACUAC